AUGGAUGCCAUAGAACUGAAUGUUUUUCCGUGUUCUCUGUGCCACAAAGAACUGAAUAUUCCGCGAUUGUUUCCUUGUCAACACACAUUUUGUGAUAAGUGUAUAAGAAGUCUGAUCGAGAGGACCAACUACACCGAACAUCUGAGAUUGGAUUGCCCAGUGUGUUUUGAUGAAUUUUCCGCACCCUCCAAAAAUCUCUCUCUUCAGGAUUUGGUUCAGUUGUUCCCGAUAAAUAACUUACUUGAAAAUUUAAUUUGUUCUACAAAUGGGAAUAAAACGCGGAAGAGUUGCGACCCGUGUCGACUGGUCAACGAGGAAAAUCAGGCAGAGCACCAUUGUAGGGCAUGUCGACAGAGCUUGUGCGAGAGGUGUUACAAGUACAUGCAUCAACGUCUCCCCGGGCAAGCCUCCCACAAAGUCACGCCCUUGAAAGAGUUUUUCGAGUCUGGGUGCAUUGAGGUUAACGAGCCUUGCCCUGUCCAUCCGAAGAAGUGGUUGGAAGUGUACUGCUGUGACCAUGAAAUGCCUUGCUGCACCCUCUGUACGUCCUCCAACCACAAGAACUGUUUCCGAGUACAGACUCUUGAUCAGGCAUUUGAAGCCAAAGCUCAGGAUGCAAAUAUGACUGUCUUGAAAACUUUACUGGAUAAUAUCAGGAAGAAGACAAAUGCUGCCAUUGGAAUUGUGUAUGAAAAAGAGAACAUGGGGACAUUUAGAGAUCUAGAGGAGAAGGUCUCGGCCUUCGUUUUGAAGUUCAGGGAAACAAUUGACACACUGCACAGGAAUUUUGAGAAAGAACAAAAAUACUUGGAAGUUUCAGACAGAACGACUCUUUACCGUAACAAGAGACAACUAGCAGGAUUCCUAUACUUACUUAACGACACACUGCAGAUCAUUGAAAGGGCAGAACAAGUCGGAAGCAAGAGACAGGUUUUCCUAGCUACCAUGAAACUGAAACAGCUCCUUAUAUUGUCCUUCCAGAAAAUCCAGAAAUUUUCAGAGCAGAAGGUCGAUCAUAUAUUGGCUGUCAACCCUAAGGUCCAGGAAUUUGAAAAUAUAGAAUCGGUGGCAGAAGUACAAGUAAAGGCUGUGGAUUCUGUUCUAACGUCUGACAUCAGUCAGCAGUUACAACUCUUCACGAGGUACAUAGACGUUGGUCUGGAGGACAUAACAAACCGUUCCUCGGUCACUGUUUCCAAAAAACUGGCAACGUUCACAAGAAAACCAGAAGAAGAUAGCGAAUUCGUAUUCUUCGCUGGAGUAGUUCUGUCAUCUGGUAGAAUUUUUGCAAUAGACGAUGAACGGUGCAGACUAGUCGAGGUAAACCGCAACUCCGAAUUCACCAAUCUGUACGAAUUUGACGGGGGUCUCAGAGCCAUCUGUGUGGACCCCAUGGAAGAAAAAUUAGCUAUUAGUUCAGGAACGGAGCUGCAAGAAUUCUCCAUUUAUCCUACGUUUAAAUUGAACAGAGUAAUAGAAACCGGCUUUUACUUCGAAUGUGUGCAUUUUCUAAAUGAAAAUUUCAUAUGCAGCGAUGGAAGGAGGAUUUUUGUUAUAAACAGCGCCGGGAAGGUCGAGAGGCAGCUUGACGGACCACACAAUGACCCUGGUUCUUUCGCACUAUCUCACGAUAGAAAGAGGGUAUAUUAUGUCAAAACAAACACCAUUGUCUGUCACGAGAUAGACGGAAAUAUCGUGUUUCAACGUGAAAUAGACUUUUCGGAGACUGUACAAGGAAUGGCUUUAGACGACCAUGGAAACUUGUACGUGUGCGAUGGCAGGAAAGACGGAUCGAUUAUACAGAUUUCAAGUGACGGGGAGUACAUACGCACAUUGAUGCAAUUCGAAAGCACAGAGAAAGAAUCCGAUCAAAAGGAGUCUGAAUCCGACCAAAAUGAGUCCGACUCCGACGAUGGAUCUCGGGAAAUAGUUAGAACAAUUUCGUUUGACAAGACUGGGAAGAAGUUCCUAAUUUGUUCGAAAUCUGACACCGUGGAACUCUUCGAAAUAAACUAG